UAUUCUCUAUAGCAUUCAUUAAAAAUAAAAAGUCAAAAUCUAUAGCUUCCAAAGCAAUCUACCUUAAAGAAGAAUUUACACCUUAACACACAACAAAACAUAUAAAACAGCUUAUAGCUUCCAAAGCAAUCUAGCAUGCAAAUAUAGCUUUGCUUAAAUACCCCCACAAAGGCAAUUUUAAAACAAAAACAUCUCAAGUACCAACAUGAAAAUCAAAAUCAAAGUUCCUAAGAGAGCCCGAUCAUCAGCUCAAAUUGUUGCUUCCAUUGAUGAUCUCUUAACAGAGAUUCUACUUCGCCUGCCCAUACGAUCGCUCAUUCGCUUCAAACUAGUCUGCAAGCACUGGCAUUCUCUCAUCACCACCCCUCGCUUCUCUCUCCUGCGCAAUCCCUAUCCCAAUCCCGCCGUUGGCCUGUUCUUGCCUUGUUCUGACGGUGGGCAGAAUCGAUUCGGCCAGACUGAAUGUCUUGUGCUAGAGCUGAAUUCCCGGUUUGAAUAUGUUCCCUUCUCUCUCGGUGUUCCACCGACUGCACCCUUCAGACAGCUUAAUAUCACGGAAGAGUGUUCAGGCUUCAGAAUCUUGCAGUCUUGCAACGGGCUGUUGCUCUGUUGUAGUAGUUCCUGGGGCCGGUAUUAUAGCAAAAGGUACUAUGUUUACAACCCCACCACCAAGAGGUUUUCCGCACUCCCAAAACUAGAUGGAGCAAGUUGGGGUUCAACGGGCGUACGCGGGAUGAGCUUGGCUUUUGAUCCUGCCAAGUCUCCUCAUUACAAGGUUGUUUGCGUCCGGGGAUUCGACGUGGAUUCUGAAGAGUACCAUUAUCAGUUUGAGGUUUACUCGUCGGAGAAAGGUCCUUGGAGAAAAUGUGGGGAGCCCUUCACAGCCGAUGUCGAUUUUGAAAACGGGGUCUAUUGGAAUGGCGCAGUCCAUUGGAUCAGCAACGGGGCUGGAGAUUCUUUCUAUUUCAAUACUGACAGCGAGGUGCUCGAGAAAAUGCCUAUGCCUCCAAUCCCGGAUGGUUGGGACUGGAGAAGCAAUUAUUACUUUGGGGAGUCUUGUGACCACUUGCAUUAUAUUGAGAUCUACGCGCCGCAGAUUCAGUUCAAUGUGUACGAGAUGAAAAGGGAUUAUUCUGCGUGGUUUGUGAAGUACCAGGUUGAUCUCUCACCUGUUGUCGCUGCAAAUCCAGGGAUGAUCAGAGAUAACUUUGAGCCGACAGACUGGCACUACUAUGCUUUCUCAGUGUUUGUUCUGGUUCGGGGUGAGCAAGAAGAGGAUUCAUUCUUGGUUUUGCAGAUUCCAGGAAAAGCAAUAAGGUACAAUAUUGUCUGUAAGACUUUUGAAAUUGUGCAUGAGUUUGAGGGAGCUGAGGAGGUUGAUGAUGACUCUUUGACAUUUCCGCGUGUUAAUGGAUUUCAGUACAUUGAGUCCCUCUGUUGUGUUUAGUUUUAGUUCUUGAUUUUUGUAAAAAUCUUCCGUUUUUUUUGUUCAAUUGUUUGAUUGUGGGUUUAAAAUUGUACAAGAAUUUGGGCUGUCGAUAUACCAAGAUUUAAGCUUGAGUGAAAAUUUUAUGUUCUAGGAAGAUUCAAUCGCGCUAGAAGGAGGGCUUGAACCUCCGACCUUGUGGUUA